AACUCAUCGUGUUCACCGUGUUGACCCGACGUUUCCCGAGGAUAACACCAGUGAACUGAAUAGCGCACAGUGGUAGUGUCUACAUCGUAAUAACACCAUGCCGAAAGUAAAAAGAAGUAGGAAACCUCCCCCAGAGGGAUGGGAGCUUAUAGAACCAACAAUUGACGAACUCGAUCAGAAAAUGCGGGAAGCUGAAACUGAUCCACAUGAGGGCAAAAGAAAGGUGGAAGGAUUGUGGCCUAUAUUCCGUCUCCACCACCAAAAGUCACGCUAUAUCUAUGACUUGUUCUACAGGAGGAAAGCCAUUAGCAGAGAGCUGUACGAGUACUGCCUUAAAGAAAAUAUUGCUGAUAAAAAUCUCAUUGCAAAAUGGAAAAAGCAAGGCUAUGAGAAUCUCUGUUGUUUGCGGUGUAUUCAAACCAGGAACACAAACUUCAACAGUAAUUGUGUCUGUCGAGUACCAAAGGGGAAGCUGGAGGCUGGUAAAAUUGUGGAGUGUGUGAACUGUGGAUGUCGGGGCUGUUCUGGAUGAUGGAGGGACAAAGUUCUACCUUUGAGUUUUCCAAGUAGGGCAAAAAGACCCUCAAUAUAUUCACUCUUUCAGUUAGCAGACUAAUGACUUUGAAAUGAAGAUAAAGGUCAUUAAGGUCAUUGUUCAUGUGGAGCCCACUUGUGGUGGCUGGAAAGCAUUUUACAUUGAUUUCAAUGCUGCAUACAACAGAUAUCCAGUUUUGUCCUUGAUUGCUAUCAAAAUCUUCAUCCAUCAUUAAAACAUACUGUUCAUGCUUUUGAAGAUCUGUUAAUCAAGAAGACACAAUCAUGUAUACAAACAACUUAAAAGCUUUCAAUAUUCAAAACAAUAAAAGAGAUCACUCCUGAUUUUUUCUAGCCCCCAAAAAAUUCUGACACAUAAUGAUUUUUUUUUUGAAAAAAAGAUGCAGUUUUCUGAAAGUUUAGUUCAAAACUUGGCAGAUUGAUCUUUUUAAAAUUACUGGUACAUGUCGUUUUGUUUUCACUAAAUCAUUAUUGACAAUUUGACAUUUUAACUAAUUUGCUCUGUACAAAGUUUUAGUUGUGAAUUAAAUCAUUUUCUGCUCCUUGGAUUUAACAACAUACUAGGUUUCCAUGAGCGAACUGUAGGUUACAGUAUCAAUCUUGUAUGUACUGUAAAUUGCUGUUGUAUGCAUAUAUGUAUUCAUCGAAAGUCAGUUAGAGGGUAGCUUGUUCAUUAUGUUUGAUCUCGUGAGAACCCAAACAUUUUUAUCUUCCAAAAUUUUCCUCAUUUUGAUAUCUGUUUAGUUGGCAUGUUGACUCGAAAUCUCAUUAUUUUACCAAUGAGAUUAUUAAAAAAAACAUUCUUUUCUUUAUCAGUUCUAUUUUCUGGAUAUCUGUUUUUGACAAUUUCCUUGAAUCCUUGAAAACAGCGAAAAAUGUGCUACUACUGUAAUAAAUUGUUACUAAAAUGACAAUUUUUAUGAAAUCUCUAUGUUUUUUUCAGAUAAUUACGAAAUACAGGAAUAAACCAGAUACAAAAUUUGAGUGUUUUUAUAAAGAUGAAACCGUAAUUUUAACUAUGAGGUGUGAUUGUACUUGGAUGUAUGCUGAUGAUACCAAUUUACAGGAGUGUGAUUAAUUAUUGUAAAUAAAUGUUAUCAUACUGUG